AUGCCUGGAGAACUGAUCGUGCGAACGGAAAGUGCUCAGCGACGCAGAAAGCCUGGGAAGAGAUCUCGAACGGGAUGCCGAACCUGCCGGGUACGGCGCAUAAAAUGCGACGAGGCACCGGGGUCCUGUAGGAAUUGCACUUCUACAGGCCGAGCCUGCGACGGAUACGAUCUGCACCGAUUCCCCAUCAAGCGGGAAUUGUGUCUCCCGACCCUAGGGAUGGGCGUUGGAGGAAUCAUGACUUCCGAUGAGAAACGAGGUUUUUCGUACUUUCAAUACCGCCUUGUCCCUGACCUUGUGGGCUUUUUUGACUCCUGGCUCUGGCAGAAGCUGGUCCUGCAGAUGUGUCAUUCCGAUCCAGCGGUAUGCCAUGCUGUCAACAUGGUGAGCGCAAUUCACCAAGAUGCUGAGGAAAGAGGCAUGCGACUAGCUGGGGAGGAUUUGCAGAACCCAAAACACCGAUUUGCACUUGAGCAGGCUGCCCGAUCUUUCGCACAUUUGCAAAAGCGCCGGGCCUCUCCCGACCCGCAGUUGCGCGAGGUUGUGCUAGUGUGCUGCCUUCUUUUCGUCAUGGCAGAGCUGCUGUUGGGAGAAUUCGCCAGAGCCUUCAUACACCUACGUAGUGGCACACAAAUUCUCGAGGAGUCGCUACGCCUUGGGAUACCAGUGAUUCCUUGUCUUUCUGAAACACUCCGCGUCUUGAAUUCCCAGUCGUCACAUGUCGGAGACUUUGAGUCAGAAUCAGGCAUUCAAGGCGAGGCGGAGAAUGAACGUGAUAUUGAGACUUUCGACGGCUUUGAAAGUCUGAAGGUAGCGCGACAAUGCUUUCAGCGAGUCAUGUAUAGGGUGAUCCCGUUCAUUGCCACGGCUUGGAGACUUCCACAAACAGAGAUACUAGCGAACUACGAAACGCUUUGGGCCAAACGACAGAGGCUGUUAUCCUCGCUGGAGCACCUUGCAGAGCGGUUUGAACUGUUUUACCAACGAGAAUAUGCCACUCUUAACGCGAAAGAGCAAAUAGGGGCGGAUAUCGUGAGGCUCCAAUUGGUUGCCAAGACAAUCGUACUGAAAACGUGCCUGCUCGACGAGUAUGACUACAGAUUGCUCACCCUUGAAUAUAGCAAUCUGUUAUCAGGAUACGAAAAAUUCAUGGACAGGUUUCCCUGUCGCCCCACUAUCACACUGGAUUACGGACUAAGCUUUGGGCUAUUUGCUGUGGCAUCGAAAUGUCCAGACCUUGGCAUCCGUCUUCGAGCCGUUGAUGCCUUGCGCAGGUGGCCGCAUUACGAGGGCAUGAUCAAUUCCAACGCCGGGGCAGGAAUAGCGGUGGAGGCGAUCAAAUUGGAGUUGCAUAAGAUGCAGAAGGAUGAUGCGGAGCGCGUGUCUUCGAUAGAUCGGGAUCCUGACGUAAGCUUUUGGGAAAUGAUCAGAAGAACGCAGAAUGGGACGCAGUGGCCGGCUGUACGCGAUGUAGAGCUGCGAGUGAAGGAGACUCGACGGUUGUGA